CCGCGCAGUUUCCGUGACAUGCCCAGGUCUGGCUGACGUAGCCUAGCCCAUUCUGUUGUGGAGUGACGUUGCGCGUCUGUAGUGCUGUUUCUGGCUGGAUCUUGUUGACGGUCAGGCAGAGAGCGAAGGGACACCGAGGGAGCGGAGGCAAAGCUUGUGCUUUGAGAAAAAGAAAUUGAAAACAAAUUCCAUCUCAGCCACAUCAUGCACGUAUGUGGACGCAUGAAGAUUUGCCAAAAAAGCUAAAGAUAAGAAGAGAGAGGCUCAGUUUUUCAGGAAGAAGCAGUCGCGCGAGGGAAGAGAAGGCCGUGGAUUGGACUACGGCGAUGGCGGGAACUCAGGCGAGCCUGAAAGCCCCUUUCAAGGACCUGAGCUCGUUCAAGGGCAGCAUGAAGAGGCUGUGGCGGGAGAGGGUGGAGGACGCGCCCAUCAAAAAGCGGCUGAUGGCGGAGAUGAAGCUGAAGCGCAGGGGCCAGGACGGGCCGCCCCGAACGCCGAAGGUCAAGCGGGAGAACCCGGAGGAGCGCGCCUGCGAAAUGGAGGAGGGGGGCGGGAGGCGGGACCACCUGGCGGCCGGGUGCGGGGCCAAGGCCCUGGACCUGAGCCCGGGGCUGAAGCGCACGCUGGCCCAGUUCACCCUCAGCAGCCAGAGCUCGCUGGGCGGGCCCGCCGCCUUCUCGGCGCGCGGCGGGGGCCAGGACGGGGCCUCGCCCGCCGUCCUGGUGCCCCUCCCCUCCCCGCCCGUCCUGGGCGGGGGCCCCCUCCUGGUGCCCUGCGACAGCUCCACGGAGCUCACGCACUCGCUCCUGGAGGGGGAGUCCAUCUCCUGCUUCAUGGUGGGCGGGGAGAAGAGGCUGUGCCUGCCGCAGGUGCUCAACUCGGUGCUGCGCGAGUUCUCGCUGCAGCAGAUCAACGCCGUGUGCGACGAGCUGUACGUCUACUGCUCCCGCUGCGACGCCGAGCAGCUGAGCAUCCUCAAGGUGCUGGGCAUCCUGCCCUUCAACGCGCCCUCCUGCGGCCUCAUCACGCUCACCGACGCCCAGCGCCUCUGCAACGCCCUGCUCCACCCCGGCGCCGCCCUGCCGCGCGACCCCAGCGGCAAGCUCCCCGCGCACGGGCCGCUGAAGGAGGGCGGCGGCGGCGGCGGCGAGGCCGGCUUCCAGGUGGAGCACCAGUGCCUGGGCAAGUGCCAGGGCCUGUUCGUGCCCCGCUUCUACGGGCGGCCCGACGCGCCCUGCAUCCAGUGCGCCGAGUGCCAGCUGCUCUUCGCCCCGCAGAAGUUCGUCAUGCACUCGCACCGCUCGCCCGACAAGCGCACCUGCCACUGGGGCUUCGACUCGGCCAAGUGGCCCUGCUACCUGCAGCUGGGCCGGAAGCACCUGGGCUCGCCCGAGGAGGCCGAGCUCAAGCAGCUGCUGGACCAGAUGAAGGAGAAGUUCAGCUACCAGCCCAAGAGGACGCCGGACAAAAAACCUGGCGCUGAGGACGGCCAGGCGAGGACGGCGGCCCCCGACUUCUGCUCCUUCAGCAGCAAGCUGUCCGAGAGCGAGCCGGUCAGAAAGGCCAAGUCCCAGCCCGCCCUGGCUUUCAACGGCCUCUACCCCGACAUCAAGCAGGAGCCCGCCCACACGGCCAUCGUCCACCCCAGCUACUUCCUGUACACGUACGACAAGGUGGUGGCGCCCAACGUGUCCCUGCGGAAGGAGGGCGAGGCGGGCCCCGAGGCGCUGGGGGCCCUGCUCAAGCGGCACUGCGGGGAGGCGCGCAGGAGGACCCUGUCCUGCGACCGGGACCAGAACUGGGACCACAACCGGGACCACGACCGCGACCGCGCCGCAGACUCGGAGUCUCGCGCGCGGAGCCAGGAGGAGCUCGGGUCCCAGCGCGAGGCCCGGGCGGUCGCCAUGGAGACGGGCCCCGGCGAGGACGCCCACGCGGCAGCCAAGGACGCGAGCUGGGAGGACGACAAGGACAGGAUGGUGCUGGAGAUCGUGCAGAUGUACAGCCGGCAGCAGGAGAGGCUGCACUCCACCCUCCACAAGCAGAUGCAGCUGGAGAUGCUGUCGGAGCUGCGGAGGCGGCUGGACCGGGCGGAGGCGGACCGCGAGGAGCUGCAGGAGGAGCUGUGCAGGGAGCGGGAGGCGCGGGAGAAGCUGGAGCUCAUGAUCUCCCGGCUCAAGGAGCAGAUGUCCGAGGCGGCGGCGGCAGUGGCGGCGGGGAAGCCCUCGCCCGCCGGCGCCGGCGCCGGCCCCGAAACCCCGCCCCCGGCCUCGUCCCCAGCCGAGGUCAGCCCCGCCCACGAGUAGAGGGGCCUCCGGAGGGCCUGGCACCCUGCUACAGACUCUACAGCCUGCGUUGGAAAGACAAAGCAGCCCUCUUUCACGGCUGCUCUCCCCCCGUCCCCCCCACUGCCCCGUUGUUUUAUUUUCUUUAACGUGGAAGUACCGUUUCUUUUUUUCCAACUUCUGUGAAAAUGAGGGUUCACAUUCAUAUUCGUUCACUCUAAACAGUAUUUAAUUUCUUUUGUUGAGAUGUGAAAGUUUUUUUUUAUUUAAAGUUUUACAGAAAUGCUGCUUUUGCAGGCGGCAGGGUGUUCUUUUGGGAGCUUUGCCCGGCCCCGUGGUCCCACCCUGUUGCCCUGCCCCCCUCCAUACAGACCCCGCCCCUCAACGAUUCCUGCGCCGCCCCCCCCCCCCUGUGGGCGGGGCUUCAGCUGUACCUGGGAUCGAGACGGACUGUCCUCUCCCUCAGCCCUCAAGUGACUGAAAGGAACUUUUGCCAACGUUCACUUUAUAGUAUAUCAUGUUUAUACUACCUGACUGACACGACAGGCACCGCGGAUACAAAAUGGCGCCGCCCGCGUGUUCCUCCUGUACAUGCGGCCAAGGGUCCGUACCAGCAUCGGCGGGAAACCGCGGAGCGUGGACAUAUUUAUUUUUUACUCGUUAAUGCUAAAAGACAAAAAAAAAAAAGAAAGAGGUUAUUAAUGUUUAAGAGUAUGAAACAUUAUCGUGCGGCUCAUUUAGUAGUCAUUGUAAUCACAUGAAAAUGAACAUGCGCAAAAAAAGAAAAAAGAAAAGGGAAAAAAGUACUCGAAUCAGCCGGAAGGCAGCAGGAGAAGCGCCGAGCGCCGCGGCGUUUGUGUGUUUCCGGCUGUGAAGCCGGGCCCGGACUGCGCUCGCGAGCUCGGCCGAUCGGAGCGCUCGUCCUCGGCCCCGGGCCCCGGCCCCGUCCCUCCCCCCCGACUCUGCGGAGCGCGGAAACGAUGGCGGCGCUAGCGGGUUCCCCCGACGCCAGACCGGCAGAGGAGGGCGAAGGGGAAGGGGGCGACCGCGAGUCGGGUGCCGGUCCUUAACCGCUUGCCGAAGGAGGGCCGGUCCGGCGCUCCGAGAGUUGGCGGCGGCUUUCGGGGGCCCCGUUUGGGUCCCCCGGCGCGGGACCCGGCAGCGCCCAGGCCACACAAACGAGCGUGUGCAGCAGCGCCCCAGAUAGCAGACUGCUGUUUUCACUCCAGAGAAAGCUGUUUUGUUUUUUUGUUUUUUGUUUUUUAAGGGGGGUUGUUUUUUGUUUUUUUUUGUCUUUGUCAAACCUUCAUCUUGUUGUGAAAAUGUAGGUCACAGGUGAAAUGAAUUAGAGGGCCGCCCCCGGCCCAGCCCCUGGUCCCAGCCCCUGGUAGACGUUAUUCCGGCUCGCUGAACAAACAGCCCUCAGUCGGAGGUGGGGGGGGGGGGGGGGGCGGGGUGGGAGGUGGAGCUGGGGGGAUUUGGCUCCCUUGCUUACUGGGUGGCCCGAAAACUGGUUUGGGGGUUGGGGGAAGUGGUGGGAGGGGAGGGGAGUGGGAGUUGAGGGGGGGGCAGGAGGUCUUUGUCAGGACAGAAUGGGGCAGCUGCUGUUGUCUGCAGAUAGUCUGCCCCCAGGAUAGGGCUUGGACUGGGUAAUACCCCCCCCCCACCCCACCCCACCCCACCCAGGUUCUCAUUACGAGCCAAUCAGCUGUUUGUUUAUUCUCCAGCAGACAAUGACUGGAUGACAGACAGAUGGAAAGAUUGGCUUUGUGUAGUCACCACGCAGAAAUAUUUUCAUAGCCCGAGACACAGAACUUGAAAGGCAAUGUGUAAAUAACCGAUUUGAAAUCAAAGUUCUUUAUGAACGAGGGGCAAAGCGUGGCUUCACGCAAGCUUGUGAGUUUGCAUUCAGUGCAAAUUCAAAAACAUUCCAUUUUGCUCAACCUUUCAAUUGACAUUCAAAAGACCCUCGUAAAACAAUAACAGGGCCCUUGUUAGACAAUAGCGGAACCUCCCCCAUCCAUCACAGUGUACAAUACUAAUUCAUUCACAAAUGCUAAAGAAAUCCAUUUUCAUAAUGACAAAGAUCCAACCUGCUGUUCAUUUCAUAAGUGAAAAUAUUCUGAAUAUUUCAAUGCGAUAAACAAUUGUGUGCUCUACUAUUGUUCCAUAUAUAAACGUUUCUUAAAAUUAUACUAAGAUUAUUUAAUGUAUUAACUAAUAAAGAUUUAUAUUCACUUUGUAUAUAUUACAGUAGUCAUUAAUAUAUUAGCUGUUAUUACAGAUAAUCUUCAAAAGGUUAUGUAAAAUGGACAAGACAAGACGAGACAAGGAGCUACAAAAUGUUUUGACUUCUCACAAAGUAAUCCAGUGCAAAUCGAAAGGCUUUUGUAAUUGUUUUGAACCUGUGAUAGGUGUAAAAGUUAGUUUUGUGUAUGCAUGUGAGUGGCUGAGCGUUUGAGUUCUCAGACACUGGAUGAACAAGUGUGACAGAAAAAAUGUGCUUUGCUACUUUCCAUUACUGAUUUAUACAUGAGUAAUAUUGUGCAUUUCAGCUCAGUAGAUAAGACUGUUUACUAAUUGUGCGAUAUAUAUAUAUAUAUAUAAGCUUUUGUUUUUUUUCCCCUAAAUAUGUCGCUGAAAAAAAUAACAUUUCAUUUUUUUUUAAUUUCAUACAGACGUAACCAACAAAUGAGGUUUAGAAGUACCGGUUAACUGCUGCAUACGAUGGAUUGUGAAAAACGCAGAUUUACCUAAUUCAUAUUGACAUCAAAUGUGAGUGUUUGAUUCAUGUUCGUACAAGACCCGUGCUGCUAAGGAAUUGUCUUUUUAACUGAAAAAGUGUGAAGCAAGGCACACAAUGCUCCGUGCGUGGAGUACUAAAUGUACCGUGAGCUCUGACCGUCUCUGAAAAGGGUGAAGCGCAGUCCGACAAAGCCUGUACUCCAGUUCCUGCUACGUAGUAGCACCGUAGCUAACCACAAGGUGUCUCUACUGAGAGCACCUCUGUGAUGGAAUGGGUCUGAAGAGGCGAGCCUAGCAGCAUUUACCCUCGAAUCAAGCUGUGAUACCUGGGGUUAGUGUUCAAGACUGCGCGCAGGUUAGCGAGCGAGGCGUCGUUCCUUCGAGCCCCCCUCCCAGCACAGAGAAGGGAUUUGAGGAGAAGCCAUCUAAGCACUACAGUUGAAAGAAAGCGGAGCGACAUCUUCAAAUAGCAUUGCGGUCUUAUGAAGUCAUUUCGUUUAAAUUCAGAACGGAAUAAAAUCAUCCUUUAGGCAGAAAAAAGAGAAACCCUUUUGUAACGAGACUAACGAAAUGCAUUGUUUCUGAUGUGUUUACAACAAAUACUAUUGAUGAUCAGUAUUAAGUUUAUCCUUACCAUGAUUACCUCGGUAGGCGCCAACUGAAUGCAAUUUUUUUAAUAGUUUGGGGUUAUUUAAAUUUUUUAUUUUUGAAGCCGUUUUCCCAUGUACUGCGCGACCACCGUGAGCUGUUGUGUAAUUAGCAUUCGAUACGCGGGGGCAGAGAAUAAAGGAGACGGGCGCCCUGCUUCAGAGCUGCCGUUGCCUACGGAGCAGCAUCCAGGGCCUUGUGCGCCGCGUUGGUUAUGAGAGCAUAAGGUAGAUGUGAAUGUGUACAUAUUUUAUGGGUGCGCAGUAUGUCCACGUUGCUAAAUGAAUUCAGUACAAUGUAGUCCUUACGUGGUAAGCAGGGUUUUACUCCUCAGCGAACACAGCACAAUCUCAUCAUUUAUUUACGCGUUCCGUUUUCUUUCUGUCAGAGAGGAAGAGCGUAUCAUGUAACGCUUGAAAACGACUGAAAGCAACCUUUUAGCAAUUCAGCGGGGGGACGUCCUUGCAAUGCAAUGGGGCCGUCGGGUUUCUGAAUUAUGUACUUUUCUUAUGGGUUAUCUUCCUUUUUAAAUGUGGAUGUCGCACAUGGAAUUAGCCAUUUCUCAGACGCGGAAGCUAAUUUACACAAGGGUUUAUGACUUGUGAUACGAUGUGACUCUUGGGAGAAAAAGCCUGCUUACUCUGUGUCGGGCUGCUUGGCGUUAUUGAAAAAUAAAUGAAUACAUCUAACAUGUAAUAGGAUAGAUAUAUUACUAUCUAUGGCUUUGUUAACAUUUAAAAUAUUUUUUCAUCGCUACUCUAAAAGGCAAACUGCAGUGUCUGUAAAUGAUCAUUACAUACAAUGUUACUAUGUUGCCAAUACCGCAGUGUGAUGAAACAUUGGUUCUUGCUUUGCAUGAGACAAGACACUGUCCUCCUACCUCAUGUUGUGAUAUAAAAAAAAACAAUUUUAUAAGCAAAGGACACUGCAUCUAACCGUUUCUCAUAAUUGGUAUUUACUAGAAAUAUAUACCUGUAUAUGCUUUUAGGUAUUAUCUCAGUUGUAUGUAGUGUUUUUUUUUCUCCUUCCAAUUUCAGCUCUUGUAAAUAUAUCCUGUAUAGACAAUGAACUUGGAUCAAAUUCAAGUAAAGUUCUGUAGGGUA